AUGAUGGACAGCACAAAGCUCGAUGUGCAGCUUUUUCAAAAUGAGAUUCCCAUGGUGGCUGCUAUCCCCAUGACAGAAGCUGAAGACGAAGACUGCGUUCGAGUCUAUUCUUGCAGUGUCAUCCCAAACGAUAGUACCGAGAUUGGAGAUCGCAAUGAGAGUCAACAAGCGACUAGAAGUUGCGGCUGUGCGCCAUCGUCUACCCCUGGAAGACUAGAGAGCACAGAUGCCCUACCGGUAGUAGGUGGUCGAGUAAAUUCCAGCCAGCUUACGGCCAGCACGGCACCGUCCACCGUUCGAAGCAAUUCUGCAGUGGAAGACGAAGCAGCAGCACAAGAAGAAUUACCGAGAGACAGCAGUGCUACCGUUAUUAUUGCGACUCCUACCCCACAACAACCAACUCCUGCCAGAACCACAUCGCCACCCACAGCCUUUGCCACUCCCGAACCGCCAAUACGACACCACGAGCGAUCGGCAUCGUCGCCUCCUGAGACGACCACCAUUUCUGUCACUCCCCCACGGCAUUCCUCCGAACCGCCUCUGACAACCCCUAAUACUUGCGGGUGCCCAUCCACUCCAGUAGUAAUACAACCACCACAACAACGAACAAUGGUACGAGAAGAAUCCGCUCCUCUUCAAAUGGAACAACUCACAUCUCCGGCACCGUCCAUGGUCGUUACGGACGAAUCACGACAACAAACCGUCAUACUGGGCAAAUGGAAAACACCCCUCUUUGCCUGUCUCUCUCCAAAGGCAUGGUGCACAUCGUCACUACCUUGCAUGUCCUGCUGUUGUGGUUCCAUUGUCAUGGGACAACUCAUGACCAGAUUGCGGCUCAAUUGGUUGGCGCGGUUGGAUCACGAACGAUACAAUCGAACCUUUGGCAUCUUGGUGGCCAUUACGUUUUGUUACUUUUGCACCGUGGCAUUUGGCAUUGGAGGAUUUGUCUAUCCCUUUUUUUGUCUCGUUAUUGUCUUGUUGGGAAUGCGGGUACGGGCAUUGAUGCGGCAACACUAUCGCAUCCCGGCACGGUAUUGUUGUCCCAAAGUCACGUGUGGGUAUCCCGAAAAGAUUAUUGCCUGGGAAGACUUUUGUUGUCUGUUUUGGUGCACGUGUUGUGCCACGGUGCAAAUGGCGCAACAAACACACGACGAUAAGGAAUAUCCCUACGAGUGCUUUUCGCCGACCGGAUUGCCCCCGCAUGCGUCCGAGAUUGUGGUGUGA